AAGGAUCCUUAUUUUUUUCAGAAAUAAAAAAUGUCUUGUCAAGUUAUUUCCAGAAGAGAAUUGAAUGCGGGACGAAAUCUUUUUCUUUCUGAGGUUCGAUCUAGUUCCCCUGAAGCCUGGAGAAGAACUAUCUAUGCAUCUCCAAAACAUAUGAGACGAAGAAAUGUUUACGACAAGACGAACAGUUUCUGGAAGUUAGUCCAGGUAGAGGAAGAUAAAAGUAAUCUGAAUCCUGCGCAAAAUAUUGACAUUCUGCGCAAAAAGGUGUCCUUGUUUGGAUCGGCUCAGUCUAUAUUGAGUACUCCGGGUCUACCUUUAAACUCGUAUCCUUCUCCAAGAACAGCUAGACGGUUGAAAGAGGGAAUUGGUUCUAAGGAAGCUAGAAAGAUAAAAGUAGGAUCUCUUUGUUCAGAACAUAAUUGGUCUUGUGUUGAAAAUCAAAGAUCUCGGAGACUCGGCUUCAUCAAGCAUACAGAAAAGAUAAAGGUGGUUGAGUUUGUAGAUAGCUGGGAUACGCUAUGCCUAGAGCAAUGCUGUAAACUGUACAAUUCUAAACUGUUCUCAUGUACUCAGAAGUGUUGCUGGAGAAAGGAAAGAAAAAGUGAAAAGGGGAUUUGUAUUCAUCCCUGUUGUGCCAACCUUGAGGUUGAAGUAUAUGAUACUGGAGUUUAUACUCAACUAAAUGAGAAUAUAGAACCCGUGUUGGGGUUUCUUAAACAUGGGCAUGGAUUUAGAAUUGAGGAUAAACUGCUGUAUCCUGUAAAUACUGGGGAUGAUCUUUGCCUUGACGCCUGUUGUCUAUACGAUAAUAUGCUUAUAUUUGAGGCAACAGAUUGGAGGAUUCCUUCCACUAUUGGAGUUAAAGAAACAGCUAGUGGAGUUGAAGAAACAGCUAGUGGAGUAAAAGAAAAAGCUAGUGGAGUAAAAGAAAAAGCUAGUGGAGUAAAAGAAAAAGCUAGUGGAGUAAAAGAAGCAGCUAAUGAAGUAAAAAAAUAAAGCUAGUCAUGAUUAAACAUUAUGUAAAGGAGAAAAUUAAUGUUUGUGUUUGAAUUCUGCAUAAGAAAUAUAAAUUUAGCUUUUGCUUCAAAUCUGAUUUUCUAGCCCCUAUCCUUGCAACCCAAUGUCUUAGGCCUUAGAUAUAUCAAAAUAUGAAUUCUGUUAGAUCAGAUAUUCUAAGUUUUAAAUAUCAAGGCUUGCAUCAUCAGGAAAAUUUGAGGAAAUUGAAAAUUUAAUUCUUUUACAUCAAAAAAGAAAUCUGUUAAACUUAAAGGAACUGUAACUUCGUAAAUGUGAUUUCAAGUGACCCUCCAGUCCAUGCAAUGAUGACA